UGAAUACACCACUAAGCGUGGGUGAUCACGCUAAUGCUGGGAGGUUUUUUGUUAUUACAUCGCCGGGAAUGUGAUACAGGGACUGUGUGCCAGCUCUGAGACAUACAUGUGGCCCAGUAUAUAUCUCCCCAGGAGUGUAAAUAGCAACAUGAGCUGAUAAACAAGAACAAUUGAGUUGUACAGAGAAGUAAUUUGCUACCUGCUAGAAAGACCUCUUUCUCCCUGUUCUCAAGCUCCACGGCAUGGACUCUCCUGUAGAGGGUCCAGAGCCCCAAGACUCUUUUCAAUACAAGCCCAAUGCAGAGGAGGAGGGAGAGGGCUGGGGCAGUGAUGGUCAUGUUGAAAUCUGUACCUCAAACCUUACAGGAAACAAGAAGAAGAAGAAAAGAAAGAAGAGAUUGUGGAUCAAUCUCACUAACUGUAAAUAUGAGAGUGUGCGUCGUGCUGCCCGCAAAUAUGGUCUGCGAGAGGCUGGGGAAGGAGAAGACUGGACCUUAUUUUGGACUGAUUUUUCAGUCUCUUUGGAUAGAGUCAUGGAAAUGAAGCGAUAUCAGAAAAUCAACCAUUUUCCUGGAAUGAAUGAGAUAUGUAGGAAAGACCUCCUUGCAAGAAACCUGAACCGUAUGCUGAAGCUCUUUCCAAAAGACUAUAGCAUCUUUCCCCGCACUUGGUGCCUUCCUGCAGAUAACAGUGAUUUUCAAGCCUACACAAGAGCCAAAAAGCAUAAAACCUAUAUUUGCAAACCAGAGUCAGGUUGCCAAGGUCGUGGUAUCUUUCUCAGCAAGUCCAGUAAAGACAUACUACCAGGUGAACACAUGAUUUGCCAGGUGUAUAUAUCUAAGCCAUUUAUAAUAGAUGGAUUCAAGUUUGACUUGCGCAUUUAUGUGUUGGUGACUAGCUGUGAUCCCUUCCGCAUCUUUGUGUACAAUGAGGGAUUGGCUCGUUUCUGCACCAACCAGUACAGUGAGCCCACCAAUAGUUCUAUGGAUGAUGUUUGCAUGCACCUGACCAACUAUGCCAUCAACAAGCACAGUGAGAAUUUUGUUCAUGAUGAUGACAGGGGAAGCAAACGGAAGCUUUCAGCCUUCAACAAGUAUCUGGAGUCCAUGAGUUAUGACCCACAGAAGGUAUGGGCAGAUAUUGAUGAUGUGAUCAUUAAGACCCUCAUCUCAGCUCAUCCAAUGCUCAAACACAACUACCACACCUGCUUCCCCAACCAUACAACGGGCAAUGCCUGCUUUGAGAUCCUGGGCUUUGAUGUCUUGCUGGACCACCGGCUGAAGCCCUGGCUAUUGGAGGUCAAUCAUUCUCCUAGCUUCACCACAGACUCUCUUUUGGACCAUGAGGUGAAGGACAACUUGCUGUAUGACACUCUGGUGCUAAUUAACCUGGGGGCUUGUGAUCGCAAAAAGAUCACAGAAGAGGAGAAGCGUAGGGUGAAAGAACGACUACAACAGAAACGCUCCAGAGAGUCCAGGAAUGAGGAAUUUCGGCAGGCCCAGGCUGCCAGUAUGGAGCAGAUGCAGAGAUAUGAAGCCAAUCACCUUGGGGGAUUCCGUCUAAUCUACCCCACAGAGGGAGGAGAGAAAUAUGAGAAAUAUUUUAAACACAGCAGCUCUCUGUUCCAGGAGACUGCAGCCUCUAAAGCAAGGGAGGAGUGUUCUAGGCAACAGUUGCAGGAUCUGCGUCUGAAGCAGGAGCAGAAAGAACGAAAGUAUAAAGGAAAUCACAAAGAUCUGCAAGGAGAAUCUGCAGGAGAAAGAGCCAAACCAUGCAAAGAGCAAACUCACCACAAACACUCCAAACUAAGCUCGGAACAAGAACCACAGGCCAUGCCCCCUAUUCCAACUUCAGCGGGAAGGACAUCCUUGUCUUUGGAUUUGACAAAAGAAGAGGAAGUGGAGGAGGCAGAAAGAGUUAAUGCACUCCUUCAACGAAAAAAGUUGCUUUGGGACUUGGGUGUGGUUGAUCAGGUUUAUCAGUUGUUAAACAGUGCCCAGUCACAGCCUGAUCCCACCAAGCACCCACCUGAACAAGUGAAUGUGUCUUUACACAGCACACAUGACAGUAUCAACAAGUUGGGUACUCUGACAGAGCUUUGGAGGCAUAAACUACCAUGUACUGUUAGACAGGGUAGAGUUCCUCCAGGAGACAAGCCAUGCCUGCAGUAUUUGCACUCUAACCUCAUGCAGCAUUGCACACCACUGAAUUUACGUGAUUGGAGGCCUUCACGGCCCAUACUGAGCGAGCCAACCAGCUUCCAACAUAUUGACCUGGAAACAACGACAGCAUCAAAUGUUGAGCAGCAAGCACUUCCAGAUCACAGGAAGGCUGCUAGUGCACAUUGGGUACCUUGGACAAUUAAUAGCCCUCUUGUCAGACAGGGCAGUAUUAGAUCAUGCCUUCUGGAAUCAAGGAACCGGGCUUCAAUAAUGACUAUGCAACAGCUGGCUUCGAGGCGACUGUGUUGUGAUCCCAUGUCCUCUGACCGUAAAGCCUUGCAGAAUCUGUUCAUUGUCUCCACUUCAGCUCCUCUGCUCCCACGUCCAGGUCACUCUUACACUCUCCACAAAGGCCACUGCAAAAACUCUCAACAAUGACACAGCAACUGAUGUGGGAUACCCUCUUGCUCAUCGACCCAGUCUAGGGUUCUCUCUGUGCAGUAUUUUAAUUCCCAGUCAGUAUGUAUAUGAAAUACAAAUAAAUUUUAGUGCACCUGA